AAACAGUGCAGUCGAAACAUCCGAAUGCUUACAAAAGUUGGGCUGGUUCGUCACUCGAUCGAGGAAACACCAUACUGCAGGCCUGAAAACUUUCUUGGCUAAAGGCACCAGUGAUUGUGGUGCUGAAGUAUAUCCAAUUUUCUUGCCGGAAAGACUGUUUGUUCUUUCCUCGAAGUUUGUUAGAUGUCCCAAGAACAGCAGCUCGCCAAUAUCGAGCCUGCAGCAAAGCGUCCAAAGUUGGACUCCACAACGAACGGGAGCAUGGCGUCUACAGAAAUUGACGAGGGUCUCUACUCUCGUCAACUGUACGUGUUAGGCCAUGAAGCCAUGAAGCGAAUGGCCUGCUCCAAUGUCCUAAUUUCUGGCAUGAAGGGACUCGGUGUCGAAAUAGCCAAGAACGUCGUUCUGGGUGGAGUGAAGUCUGUAGCAAUUCAUGAUAGUGGUAAUGUGCAAAUCGGUGAGUUGUCUUCUCAGUAUUUCUUUCGUGAGAACGACUGUGGCAAGAACCGAGCCGAGGUUACGUUGCCUCGUCUCGCCGAGCUUAACUCCUACGUGCCCAUUAGGUCUCACACUGGCGAGCUGACUGAAGUAUUCCUGCAACACUUUCAAGUCAUUGUGUUGACCAGCUCGAGCCUUGAAGAGCAAUUGAGCAUUGGUGACUUUGCACAUAAGCAUGAUAUCAAAUUGAUUGUAGCGGAAACACGUGGUCUGUUUGCCUCCAUUUUCUGCGAUUUCGGCAAAGAUUUUACCGUGGUAGACACAAACGGCGAGCAGCCCAUUUCUACUAUGGUAUCAGCCAUCAGCCAAGAUGUAGAGGGUGUGGUAACAUGUGCUGAUGAGACCAGGCACGGUUUGGAGGACGGUGACUAUGUGACGUUCCACGAAGUGAAGGGCAUGACCGAGAUCAAUGCCUGCGAGCCGCGCAAGGUGAAGGUGUUGGGACCGUACACGUUCAGUAUCGGUGACACGUCCGCCCUGUCUCCAUAUGUGGGUGGAGGCACUGCUACACAGGUCAAAAUGCCCAAGGUCGUACACUUCUCGUCAUUGCGUGAAAGCAUGGCUGCACCGGAACACGUCAUAUCCGACUUCGCCAAGUUUGACCGACCUGGCCAGCUUCAUCUGGGAUUCGCCAGCAUGCACGAGUACAUCAAGGUGAAUGGACGCUUGCCGCGGCCACGCCAUGCUGAAGAUGCCGAUGCUUUCGUUGCCAUUGUCAAGGAGCAAAACGGCAAGAUUGCAGUGGCAGUUGAAGAAGUGGACGAGAAACUACAGCGACAGCUGGCAUUCCAAGCCACCGGAGAUCUGUGUCCUAUGCAAGGUUUCAUCGGUGGCGUAGCUGCACAGGAGGUGAUGAAGGCCACCAGUGGCAAGUUCAUGCCCGUCAUGCAGCAUUUCUACUUCGACGCUCUGGAGUGCAUGCCGACUGACGAGUCCGUCCUGACUGAAGCCGAGUGCGCGCCGAGGAACAGUCGCUAUGACGGUCAGAUCGCUGUGUUUGGCGCCACGUUCCACGCUCGCCUGGAGAGUCUGAAGUACUUUGUUGUUGGUUCCGGCGCCAUUGGCUGUGAGCACUUGAAGAACAUGAGCUUGAUGGGUGUCGGCUGCAGUCCUCAAGGCCAUAUCUACGUCACUGACAUGGACACAAUUGAAAAGAGCAACCUGAACCGCCAGUUCCUCUUCCGUCCAUGGGACGUGCAGCAGAUGAAAUCCAACACAGCAGCCAAGGCGGUCAAGGACAUGAACCCAGCCUGCAACAUCACGGCACAGCAGAACCGAGUUGGACCCGACUCCGAAGACAUCUACAAUGACGACUUCUUUGAGCAGCUCGACGGUAUCGCGAACGCACUGGACAACGUGGAUGCGCGCAUGUACAUGGAUCGCCGCUGCGUGUUCUACAAGAAAUCCCUGCUGGAGUCCGGCACACUCGGCACCAAAGGUAACAUCCAAGUGGUGUACCCUUGCCUGACCGAGUCCUACUCCUCAUCGCAGGAUCCCCCUGAGAAGUCCAUUCCUAUUUGCACGCUGAAGAACUUCCCCAACCUGAUUGAGCACACCCUGCAGUGGGCACGUGACAAGUUCGAAGGAGUAUUCAGCCAGACACCGGACACGGCACGGCAGUACCUGACCGACGCUAAGUUCGUGGAUCGCACGCUAAAGCAGGCCGGUGUCGUGCCAGUGGAGACCCUUCAAAGUGUUAAGACCGCGCUAGUCGAUUGGCGCCCGAGCUCUUUUGAGGACUGCGUCCGGUGGGUGCGUCUUCAGUUCCAGCAGCAUUUCUCCAACCAGAUCCGUCAGCUCCUUUUCAACUUUCCGGCAGAUCAGAAGACCGACUCUGGAGCACCGUUCUGGUCCGGGCCAAAGCGUUGCCCUGUACCCAUCGACUUUUCAACGGAUGUUGAGACGCACCUGGACUACGUUGUAGCUGGCGCAAACCUCUUUGCUGGCGUCUACGGCAUUUCUGGCACAAGAGAUCGUGCUGCUGUUGCAGCCAUUGCCAAUGCCGUUGAAGUACCUGCAUUCGUACCCAAGUCUGGUGUGAAGAUUGACGUUACAGAGAGCGAUGCUGCUGCGUCUGCUAACCAAGUCUCGGACGAGAGCAUGGUGAAGACGCUGCAAGCCAGUAUUCCAGCACCGUCAACCUUCAGGGGUCUGAAGUUGACGCCAGUGGAGUUUGAGAAGGACGACGACACGAACUUCCACAUGGACUUCAUCGUUGCCACGUCGAAUCUACGUGCAGAGAAUUACGGCAUUGCACCAGCUGACAGGCAUAAGAGCAAGCUGAUCGCUGGCAAAAUCAUUCCAGCCAUCGCUACCACCACUGCCGCUGUCAGUGGCCUCGUCGGAUUGGAAAUGUACAAGAUCGCUCAGGGUCAUAAUCAGCUUGAGUCAUUCAAGAACGGCUUCCUGAACCUGGCACUGCCCUUUUUCGGCUUCUCUGAACCACUACCGCCUGCCAAGUCCAAAUUCUAUGACACUGAAUUCUCCCUAUGGGACAGCUUUGAGCUUAAUGGUAUGGAGUCUGGUAAGGAAAUGACGUUGAAAGAGUUCCUGGACUACUUCAAGGACAAGCAUCGGCUGGAGAUAACCAUGCUGUCGCAGGGUGUCUGUAUGCUGUACUCCUUCUUCCUGCCACCUGCAAAGGCCAAGGAACGCAUGGACUGGAAAAUGACCGACUUGGUGCAGAAGAUUUCGAAGAAGAAGUUACGCCCGCAUGUCAAGUGCUUAGUCUUUGAGCUUUGCUGCUCAGACGUAAAUGAUGAAGAUGUGGAGGUCCCAUACAUAAAGUAUCGCUUCCGUUAGAUCUAGACGCUAUCCUCGUGGGCAUCCAUGAUUUAUCCAUAGCCAGCUCAUUUUUACUUGCUCCUUGUGUUCUUUUGCCAUAACCAAUGCAAUUCAACCCAACGUUUGUGUCCUGUUCCACUGCUAAUGACGCACUGAAAUUAGGUAUUUCAUUUGCCCUGCUCCUUGUUUGCCUUUGCAUUAUUUUAUGUGCUUUGAGGUACCAUCGCAUUUUUUUUAUCACCUGUGCAUCUUUCCAUUAUUAAAUUUGUGUGACAACGUAGGUUUGACGUUAGCUGUAUAUUCUACCUGAUCACUUUCCCUCUCUCGUGGCUCUGGUUGUUGCCCUUAUCCCUUGCACCGUUUGUGCGUGCUUGUGUAAUUAUGUCCAAGCUCCCUCCCCUCUUCUGGCCUCCCUCUCCCCCCCCCCCCCUUUUUUUGGUUGCUGCUCACUUUGCACAAUCUUUUACGCCUUCUUUCUUAGGACAUGUACAUUCUUCCUUGCAUUCAAUGGUGUAGGUACACAAA